CGCCAUUUGUUUACAUAUGUUUUACGGACGUCGAUGUAUACCUUUCGACUUCCAACGCAGCCGCGGCAUGGCUUCGCGUGGAGGAAAAACAGCUGAUUGCCCAAGCGCACGUGACCUCACGAACGACGCUGUUGCUACGCGUUUCGUGAGUGGUCGAGCCGAGCGGCCCGCGAUUGGUUGGCACGGUGCCAGUCACGUGGACAUGCGACCUCUAGCGUGCGAGUUUGAUCAGCUGUCUGCUGCCUCAGUUGUGUUGCAGAAGACAGUGCAGGAAGCGGCUUGUUUUGGGCUGACAUGUCAGGUGCUCGCAAGUGUCGUUCCUGCGUGGACGGUGCUUGCACGACGGGGAUCGCCUGACGGACAUUUGGGACUGUGAUGGUUGCUGGAAAUCCCUGCGAGUGCCUUGAGUUGUGGAGACCAUGGCCCCAGCAGCGGUGUCGCCGGCAUCUCUGACCCGUUCGUCGAGCGUCCCGUGCGCCAGUUGGACGCUUCAGCCGAGCCUAGACCCGUGACCGGUUCUUCUGGACUGGAAUUACGCGAAGGGUCGAUCGAGGCACUGCAGUAUAUAUACCCUGCUGCCCGCCUCUGUCGUGCGUCUGUCCCGUUCGUUUGGUGUGCGGCCGUAGUAGCCUCCCGUAGCAGGCACAGGUUGUUCUCCGGCUCCUUCGGAGGUACUGAAGGCGCUUCGCAGCGCCCGCUCGCUCGCUGCCGAGGAUGAGACCAACCGCGGAGACCGAUAUGCGCCCAGCAGUGGAGGAAGUGGUGAUUGAUCCGUAUGACUUCUUCAUCGAUGUGGGCAGCCUGGUGCUUGAAGGGCGGGUUCCGUGCUGCACUUCUCGCGGGUGUCAUAGAGGGCCUCACUGUCCACCCAUUACUUCGGGACAAGCAGCACGUCAUAGUUGCCACAGUAACCCACUCGUUGAGUGCCAGCGGUAUGAGGUAGCCCUGAAGCACAUGCUGAUGCUCUGGAGAAACAGCAUCCCAAUGGCUGUCGAAGUCCUGCUGUCGCCAGACUGCGCCCAGUGUAGCAGCACGGACCACACAAGUGGCAUUGACACCUCCUCAGCGCCUGAUACAUCGCAUCUUCUGCUAGAACAGUGGUACAUCCAAAUGCUGCCAAGACGUGUUUCAGAAGCGACCGCUCCGGCACGAUGCCUGCUCCAGGCAAUGCGGUCCUACCUUUACUUCUCGCAAAUCAGUGCCUGGUAUAGCCUCUCAGGUGGAAGGAGUCCUCGGAGCAUCUACUACAGGAUCUCUGUGCCAGGAGAGGCAUUCUCCAGCAAGUUCCUCUGCAGUCCUCACGUCCACAACUUUCCUGUGGCAAACCUUGGGCGCAACACUUACCUCAAGGUCUCUGUCAAGUCUGCACCCAGGUGCCCAAAUGGCAUACCGGCCAUUGCCUGUGCCAAGCAUCCUUCCGUGCCUCCCAUGUCCACGACUCCUACUGAGCCAUUGGGACCCACUAUCACUGCCACACUUCAGAGCCGGUCCAACAGAGACGUUAACAAUGAUGGGCUCAUCAGAAACGACGAGUCUGUUGCCAAGCGCAAGCCUAAAAAGCACAGCAAGGGCGACCUGUCGGCUGACGUACUGUUGGGGGAGAGCCUUCUCGAUCCCCCGCAAUCUCUGCAGAUGUACCCCAAACGGUACCAAAGCCCAUCGCGGUGUGGAAGCCCAAGUGUCGAGGCACCCGAGCAUCUGUUGUUUGGGAGCCGAGCCCAGUCGCCUCUGGAGCCAAGCGGAGAAGCCGAGACGGAGCACAAGCGAGGAAGAGCACCGAGGCGCCCUGUGAUUGAGCGCUUCCUUAAGAAGAGCGGAGAGCCACUGCCCGGUGAUGUGUUUGCUCCAGAUGCUCCCACUGCCAGCUCCAACCGGGUACAGCCAAGGAAGGAGGAAAUAGCACCAACUCCUUUCUGGCCAAACCAGCAGCACAGCCGAGUGAGGAGCCUUAUGGUUCCAUUGCAGGCUCCGGAACAGCAAGCAUCUUUUGUUCCGGCAACCCCUCAGUCCCCUCUUCUGCUCAGCAAUGAGCGAGUCAUCGCUAGUGUGGAAGAACUCGGUGAAAACAAACUGCCUGACAAGUUUGCUCGUGCUGCUUCGCCCGACCAGUGUGGAUUGAAGCAGAGUUUCGAGGACAUGAGUCUGUGUCACAUUGGCAAACCGUCUGCCAAGCACAAACUGAUCUCUAGCAGCUCUAGUUCAGUGUUACACGAGCAGCCGCCAGCUGCCAAGCCUCAUUUUCAAAGGACGUCAGAGCCCAAUGUGCAAAGCCAGUGUGUGGCGAGUACAGUGACCGAUGACAAAGUGGAGCACAGGACCGUUGCGAAGGUGGUGAAAGCUAGUGGUAGCAGGUGUGAUGGUGGUGUUGCAGCUCACAAGGAAGAAGCGAAUCAUACUAAGCGAGGUUUAGGGCACAGUAAAACCUGGAGCGAAGGUCUGUGUGACCUGAAGCUCAAGGAUGGAGUGGUUGGGAAAGGCAGCCACAUCUUCAACAACCUCAUUCACAAGCACAAAGUGAGGCAGAUGAUGUGCAAAGCACGGAAUCAUCCAGUGCCUACAGCGGCGGAGCGUGCUCAGUUCCGCCGCUCUUUGGACAGUGCCACCUCAAUGGUCUUCCAUCAGAAGACUGGUCUGCCUCUAACUUCUAGUCCCGCUCCUCUUCGAAAAUCUGGAGCUAGUUUUGAUUUUGACAGCAGCCUGACUUCUGUGUCUGCAAUUAAGAGGGCAUUGUUUGAGAAAGAACCUGAGGAAGAGGAAACAUCACCAGGAGAAAUAAUCAGCUCAAGUGCUCCAGCAUCUACCACCACGAGCAGCCUCAUUGUUAACUUUGAAGAGUCUGUCUUGAAUGGCCGACUGGAGCCAGUAAGCACUGUGCAGGGAUUUAUUGCUGAGAUUGGUGCCAGUGGAUCCUUCUGUCCAAGGCACACCACACUCCCAGUUACUGUCUUCUUCUACUCACUGCACGACAUCGACAAAGUAGUCUCGCCUUAUUUGGGUCAUAUUAACCUUGGCAUGAAAGGUUACCAUGUUCCAAAGACAGGAACAAUACAAGUGACGCUGUUCAACCCGCAUCACACAGUGGUAAAGAUGUUCGUCGUCCGAUACAACCUCUCGGACAUGCCUCCCAACUGCCAGACAUUCAUUCGACAGCGCACUCUGUUCAUGCCCACCGAUGCCUCUGAGAAGGACCCUGAGGCCAGUCGAUGGCUCCGUUACCUCAUUCACCUCAGGUUUGCAAGCUCCAAGUCGGGACGCAUCUAUCUGCACACAGACGUGCGCAUCAUCGUGUUUCGAAAGAGCGACUUGGACGCAGCCACCAUUCACGGAGAUCGUCCGUACGAACUUCGCUCCUUCACGCAGUGCCCGGUCAACCCUAAGUUCUCUCCCUGCGAGUGAUUUGAUGUCGACGGAAUAAGAGAAGCUCACUCUUUCAUGCCCACAGACAAAACAUACACACAUGCUGGCUGUCUCUUGUUCUCAUAGACUUUCACGCUACGAUUAGUAGGAGGAAAUACGGCACUGGAGUCCUUGCACAAUGGGAAUGAUGGAUAGUACGUUAAUUAUUCUUCGACUCUGGCUUGGCUUCACCUAGGAAGCACAUCUCAACUUGUUGUUGUUCAAUGCUCAUAUGUGAAGCACCGUGCCCUACAACAUAGUUUCCCUGAAGUAUGCCUGCACAUGAAAUUCCCAACAAAUUUUUUCUUUUACAUACUCCAGUUUCCUUCCAAUGAAUAACUUGCAGGAGUACGAUAUUUCUUAUCGGUAUAGAUUGCAAUUCAGCAAUGUUUUUAGCUCGAAUGUUCCAAACACACAUAAAUUCAUUAAGAGGUGAAUGAAAUGUGUCCCAAGUUUUGCCACUUAAUGAACCUGCAAUGAGAAGUUAGGUUCACAUUAAUACAUUUGAGCCAUUUUAUAACGAAAUUGCAUCCCACACAGAAAUUCAAAUUAAAUUUAACAUUAGUUAUGAACAUUUAUGUACAUUCACAUGCUGGUAAUGCAGAGAAAUGUAGAUUCAAUUCAGUUACCUCAAAACUUGUGAUUUCCGUGUUCAUUAUACAUAGAUAUGAGUAUAAAAGAAACGGCAACUAUGGAAGCAAGAAGAGCACCGUCACGGCUGAUAUAUGGAGUGUUAUUCUGUCAACUGAUUACAAGUUGACUUUUGUUAUUCCCAUGAUAGCGGAGUAUGCACUGGGGCUACAUUUCCCUCUAGUAAACUUAGCAUGACUGUCUAUGAUUGUUCCCUCUUAUUGUUUGGUUUGACUAAAGUGAUCUCUUUUAUAGUGGCUGCAGAUCGAAUAAACAUCUGUAGAGCAUGCACCUCCUCCCAGAAGACCACCUGGCCAUGUGUUUCUCUUUUUUUUUUUGCUUGUUGUUGAAAGUAAAUACAAAAGAUAUUGUUCAUGUAUGCUGUUAACUUAUUGUCUAAGAGACUCUAAUAAAUCACUAGGAAAUAUGUAGAAAUAAA